GAAACUGGAAAGUACAUUUACCAUGUAAUUUCAAGUUUGGUCAUCUAAUCGAGAACCGGAACUGUUUUCUUCUAAUUAAUUAAGAUGGAGAGCUCAACAUCAAAGGUGGAGAUGUUGAAGCCAGUCCUGCUUAAAGCUGGGAUUCCUUUAGCUUUGUCUGUGGCUGGUUUCAUCUAUGCCAGGAUUCUGGCUCAAAGAAGUACUCAUUCGAAAGAGUCUUUAUUCGAAAGUGAUCAGGUAAGCUCCUUGGAGACUAAUUCUCAAGAGUCUAGAGAUGAGGAUAACUUUCAUAGCUUUAGCUGUACAUGCACACUUACUAUGGAAGAAAGUCUGGAGAUUAAUGAUUAUAAACCCAAAUUGGAAGAAGAGAUUUCACGCCUAAGAAGCCGUCUCGAAGAUCUUCAAAAGAGAGAAUCUGAGUUGGAGAUGGAGUUUAUCAGCUACUGUGACAUGAAAGAGAGAGAAUCAGCACUUAUGGAGCUACGGAACACGUUGUUAUUGGAGAUGGCUCGUGUUGAGUUCAUGGAUAGAGAGGUUUCGUUCAUGGAGGCUGAGAGCCACAGGCUUGAGGAGUUGGUAGAAGAAUAUUUAAAGGUUUUGGAACAAUUUGAAGAGUGGAAAUCAGAAAAUGAAUUGCUUCAGAGGCAGGUUAAGAUGCUUAUGACACAAGCAAGUGUGCAAGCAAGCAUAAUUCGAGAACAGGAUUUGAAGCUUGAAGCCAGAGAAGCAGAAGUUGGGAGGGUUCAUGAUGAACUAGAAACAAGGAAAACAGUCACCAAGACAUUGGAGGAUGAAAUUGGGGAGCUAAGAAUGAUUUUGGACCAAUUGCAGGAUGAGAAAAAGGGGCUUUUGGAAAAGCUUGAGUUGAAAGAAAAUUCAGCUUCCUCAAUCUCCGAGAUUGAAGGAGAAAGGAUCAAAAUUGAGGACCACACUCGGCUUUCAGAGGAAUUAGAGCAGCUACAGAAGGAUCGUGCAGCCGAGCAUAUGGAACUGAUUAACCUGAGGUGGAGCAAUGCGUGCUUAAGGCACGAGUUGAUGAAGAACAAUGCACAACAAGAACAUGGUAAUGAGCAGAAGAAUAGUCAUUUGGAAACAGAUUCUGAAGUAAGCAUAGAGAUUGGGAAUUAUGGGCUAGAGCAAGAAUUAGCUGUUGGCAUGGCUUUGGAGCACAAUGUCAAUGAGCCUUGCUUGGGAAAUGUAAGCACUGAUCAGGCUUGUUCGAAAAGGCACAAGUUGUUUCGAAGGCUUAGAAGAUGGGUGGAAGGCAGUGAUCAGAACGGAAGAAGAAGAUUGGAGGAGAAAGAAAGGCAUGAAGAAGCAGUCAAGUGUUUUGGGAGGCAUUCUGUUUCAGAUGAUGCACAGGAACAUCAUCAUACAAGGAGGUCUUGCUCUAGUGCAUGACCGCAUAGAUUAGUGCAUGACCGCAUAGAUUGUACACUCCUUACUAUUUAAUCUUCAAUUCAUUGUUGCUAAAUUAAUUAAUAAUACAAAGUUAUAAUCACAGAGAUUUAUAGCUAAAGCAUUUUAGUGAAAUUCAUUAAUAACUG